AUGCCGAGCUGGGUCCUCUUCCCGCGUUUGCAUCUAGCUGAGGUCGAAGACCAAUCCUGGUGUCCUUCAUGGCUUCGCGAACACACUCAUCGAGCUUUGUCUCGCAUGUGGCAGGCUUCUAAUAGCAACAAUGGAUCACCAGCGGCGCAGGCUUGCGAUCUGCUACUCAAGGUCCUUGGAGGGUCUGAGCAAGCGAGCCAGUUCACCAUCGUCGAUGCAUGUGCUGGCGCUGGGGGCCCAACCCCUGUUCUGGCACCAACCUUGAAUGCCAAAUUGAUCAAGAGUGGCUACCAGCCGGUGGAAUUUGUGCUCACGGACCUAUGGCCGGAUAUUCGAGCUUGGGAGAAGAUCGUCAAACGGAGUGAACACAUCUCAUACAUCGAAGAGCCAAUCGAUGCUACCAAAUCGCGACGUCUGGCCAAACCGGGCACCAAGGAGUGUCGGAUUUUCAAUUUGUGUUUCCAUCAUUUCGAUGAUCCCGCCGCUAAAAAGGUGCUCGCGAGUGCGGUUAAGAGCGCGGAUGCCUUCAUGAUCAUCGAGAUGACCCACCGUACUCUUCCCUCGCUGCUCAACACCACCUUUGUCAUCCUAUCCGUCUUUUUCACCACCCUCUACGACUUCUAUUGGUCACCGAAGCAUCUUCUGUUCACUUACCUCAUCCCUAUUGUCCCGUUGUUCUACGCCAUUGAUGGCUAUGUUUCUUGUACGCGAGGUCGCACCCCUGAUGAAACAUGGGCGCUCCUCAAAUGCCAGCCGGACUUGGACCUCAGUCAAUGGGAACUCAAAAGUGGCGAACAGACGGCAUUGCUCCCUUUUGGCCGGAUGUACUGGUACUCGGGGGUGAAAAAGACCACGAAGUAG